AUGACGCCCUUUCACCUCCUCCUCCUCUUCCUUGUCUUCUUCAACAUCGCAACCUCCUCGGAAUCGAAGCUCACCCUCGACUACUACAAGAAGACAUGCCCCGGCCUCCAACAAACCAUCCGACAAGUCAUCACCGACAAGCAGAUCGCCUCCUCCACCACCGCGGCCGCCACCCUCCGCCUCUUCUUCCAUGAUUGCAUGGUAAAUGGUUGCGACGGCUCCAUCCUCAUCUCCUCCAACGCGUUCAACACUGCUGAACGCGAUGCCGACAUCAACCUCUCCCUCCCCGGCGAUGGUUUCGAAGUCGUCACCCGUGCCAAAACCGCUCUCGAGCUCGAAUGCCCCGACAUUGUGUCGUGUGCGGAUAUCCUCGCCCUCGCUGCCCGCGACCUCGUGACCAUGGUCGGUGGCCCCUACUACGACGUCCGCUUGGGCCGAAAGGACGGCUUCGUCUCGAAAGCAUCCGAAGCCGAGGCUGCCAUGCCGAAGCCGACCAUGCCCCUGAGUCAGAUCAUCAAAAUCUUCGAGACGCGAGGGCUCAGCGUGCAAGAGAUGGUGGCUCUGACCGGGGCGCACACGAUCGGCUUCACGCACUGCAAGGAGUUCAGCCACAGGCUGUACAAUUUCAGCAAGAAAUCGGACUACGACCCAACGCUCUACCCCAAGUACGCGGAAGGGCUGAGGAAGCUCUGCGAGAACUACACCAAGGACCCCACGAUGUCGGCGUUCAACGACGUGAUGACGCCGAACAAGUUCGACAACAUGUACUACAAGAACCUCCAGAAAGGACUGGGGCUGCUGGCCUCAGACCAGGCGAUGGCGGUGGACGGGAGGACGAAGCCGUACGUGGACCUGUAUGCGGGGAACCAGACGGCCUUCUUCCAGGCGUUCGCCCGAGCCAUCGAGAAGGUGAGCGUGUAUCAGGUGAAGACGGGGAGGAAGGGAGAGGUGAGGCACAGGUGCGACGCCUUCAACUCCCUCCAGACUUGAAAAAGGGUUCGAUUGACGGAUCCACGAAGUAAUUUUAGUAACGUGUUGAUUAAUGAGGACAUGAAAAGCAAAGCGAAAACACCAAUGUCGAUGAGAUGAAUGGCAAUUGUUUUACUAUUUACACAGGCGAUGGUAUCCUUCCUCGCAGAUGAUGCAGGCCGAUUGCGGAUUGCUUUCGAUGGCCUCUCCUUUUUACUCCAUUUCCCCUUUGAUUGAAUAGCGCUUUAUAGUGAUUUUGCUAUUUUCGCCA